CCUCCCCUUCCAAAGCUGUCAGCGCGCGCUUUUCAACCGUCCUCUCGGGGAGCGCGCGCGCCGCUUCCCUCCUCCGCACGCCCCCGCCAAGCACGGGAGGGGGCGUGGUCCGUGCUUCCUUUAUCGGGCAGCUUCUCUGGCGGUGUCUUCGGACAAUGCGAGUUCUCUUGAGGGGGAAAGGUCUGAGUUAAAGCCCCCCCUCCCUUUAAAAGCAUCUUACCAUAGGAGUGCUUAGAAGUAUCACCCCACCCCUUCCCUCUUGCCCGAGAAGGAGAAAAUUAGCCAUGCCUGAGCCAUCCCUGACUUUUUCGAAGUAGAGUCAUCUUGUCCAAAUGUCCAUAUGCAUCUUUGGACCCUCUUUGCCUUCCUCCUACCCUUACCUUUACCAGUCCCCACUCCUGAAGAAAAAUUGGGGGCGUUGUUUCUUCAUAGUAUAGCCUUCUUGGAGGCCUGCCUUAUGAUAAGGCAAAAUCUAAAUACUUGAAAUCAAGAAGUGUAAUAUAUCUUACUCCCUGUGUCAAGUGCCACAGGAUUUGAUGGAGAUGCCCCACCUCACAGAGUUGUUGCUAUGAGGAAAAUAGGAGGAGGGAACAUUAUGAGCUGUACAGAAUAAAAGUUUUGUAUUAGGGCAAAUAAAAAAGGAUUGUCUACCAGAACACUGAAAAACACCCAGCAACAUGUCAGCCAGAGGUGGAAAGAAAAAAAUGAGCAAAAUAUCACGCUCCAGUCGAGCAGGUGUUAUUUUUCCAGUAGGAAGAAUGAUGCGGUACUUGAAGAAAGGAACAUACAAGUAUCGGAUAGGAGUGGGUGCUCCUGUGUAUAUGGCAGCUGUCAUAGAAUACCUGGCGGCAGAAAUAUUGGAAUUAGCUGGAAAUGCUGCAAGAGACAACAAAAAGGGAAGAAUUGCACCAAGACACAUCCUUCUGGCAGUUGCUAAUGAUGAGGAGCUAAAUCAGUUAUUAAAAGGAGUGACUAUAGCAAGUGGAGGUGUUCUACCCAGAAUUCAUCCAGAGCUUCUUGCCAAAAAACGAGGCACCAAAAGCAAAUCUGAUACUAUCCUUUCACCUUCUCCAGAGAAGAGAGGAAGAAAACCUUUGGGGGCUAAGAAAAGUGGGAAGAAAGCAAAGGCUGGCAAAGCUCGGACACCUAAAAAGAAUAAACAGAAGGAAAAUGAAAAAGAUGGAGCAUCCAAUUCAGCAGCUGAUGAUGGACCUGGAGAUGGAUUCACUAUACUUUCUUCCAAAAGCCUUGUUCCUGGACAGAAGGUAAAGCUAUCUCUGACACAAAGUGACAUCAACCAUAUUGGUUCUAUGAAAGUAGAAGGCAUUGUGCAUCCAACUACUGGUGAAAUAGACCUCAAAGAGGAAGUAGGCAAAGCACUGGAAAAAGCUGGUGGUAAAGAGUUCUUAGAAACUGUAAAGGAACUUCGUAAAUCACAGGGACCUUUGGAAGUCACGGAAGCUGCUCUCAGCCAGUCCACUGGUCUAGCAGCAAAAUUUGUCAUUCACUGUCACAUCCCACAAUGGGGUUCAGACAAAUGUGAAGAACAACUGGAGGAGACAAUAAAGAACUGUUUAACUGCUGCUGAAGACAAGAAGCUGAAGUCUGUGGCUUUUCCACCUUUCCCCAGUGGCAGAAAUUGUUUUCCAAAACAGACUGCAGCCCAGGUGACUCUGAAAGCCAUUUCCUCCCAUUUUGAUGACUCCAGUCCUUCUUCCCUGAAGAACAUUUACUUCCUGCUUUUUGAUAGUGAGAGCAUUGGCAUCUAUGUGCAAGAGAUGGCAAAGCUAGAUGCAAAGUAGCAACAGAAGCCAAAUGAAAAUUUAUUUUUCAACAUGAAUAUGAGUAGGAAUGAGAAUUAGAAGUGGGUUUUAUUUUUAAAAUAUUGUGAGGACGGAGUAUGUGAGUAGCUUUGAAGUUUUGUGAUGGGUGGAGGGCUUUUGUUAUUGGGGAGAAAGGGGGAAUUGUUUGAGAGAGUUUGAUCUGCAGAUAUAUCAUGCUUUAGACCCUCUACAUUUUGUAUCUUCCCCAAGAAAUUAUUUUGCCAGCUCUCUACAUUUUAAUGUCUCAAGUUAUUUUAGUUUAGACCUUUUUUUAAAAAAAAAUAAUCUCAUUUUAGAGUAGCAAACAAUUCAAUGCAUCCAACAACUGAAAAAAAUGUGAAUUGUUUGCUUCCCUUUAUUUUCCACUGGUAGUUAGAAACCCUUAUGUUGUGUCUACAUUCCAUGUUGGAGAAGAUAAUUUUGACUCACUUGGUGCUUUACUGUUUUAUCCCAGAAUGACCUGUAAUUGCUGAAAAAUAUUUCAUCUUAUUUGUUUUGAUAAAAAAUAGCAUCAUGCUUUUUUAAAACUUUAA